GUUGUAUAAAAGCAAUUGGUUGGCUUCUGCACCAGGGUAUUUGCAUAAGGCGAUCUGCCACGAGUAACGGACACAACGCAACACGAUGGACCCACAAUUCAUUUUGGCAACGCUUGACGUCACACCAUUCAAAGUAAACGAGAGACGUUGACUCAGACGCCCCGUGUGAAUGGAGUCUUUAGUAAGUCAUAUUUUACCAAUAUGAAAAACAUAAAUCCUGUAGUGCAUGUAAAAAUGAAUCAGAUGGGUUUUUUACACUAUUAAGUCAGUGCAUUUGCUCAGGCUUUAUAUGUUAGAUGAGUAUAUGUAUCUUUCCCCCAACCUCCUCCUUCGCUUCCUCAGUUUGCAAACAGAAGGUGUGCUCGUUUAAUCUUCAGCUAGUGAAACAGAUGCUUCUCACCUUCUCACAGAUGCUUCACUGGAAACUGUUUCUUUCUCUGUUUUGUCGCUCUUUGAUUAUGUACAUUCUGAAUUUAUUUAAUUUUCUGGAAAUUAUGCAGAAUAGCAACAUAUAAAGCUUUCGGGAGGCUCUAAUUGCCAUUUUAUUUUCUCUCACAAGAGGCUUCCUCAUUUCACAAAAAUUCCCAAGGGCUUACACAGGAUUUUCUUAGCAAACAUCUUGGUAAAGAAAGAGAAAUGUCUGAGCACCUGUUCAGUCACAUGUGCUUGUAGAUCACAGAAUGGACCACAAGUGAGGAUUUUGACUGCUAUAAAGUUUUUUUGGGCAUGCUGCAUCUUUCCUGAAAAGUUUGAAAAGAGGAGGAAGCACAUCCAAGGUCUUCUGCAGUUUUUAUACUUUUGCCCUUUGUAAAAAUUCGUGCUUUGGUUUGUGUCUUAUCUGUAAGAUACAUUUUCUUUGAGAGAUUCCCUUCAAAGUCUGAAUGCAUAAAUUUUGGCAUUUUCAGCUGGGUUUUCUUUUCACACAGUGCACUUAAAUUACAGUAUUACAAAUAUCCCUGUAAUAUCAGUGCAUGUCGCUUGAUAUAUUUACUAAUCUCAGCAUCUGUGUGCUUCCCAAUCAAAAAUAAUAUAGCUAAAUCAGUUAAGAUUAAGGACAUCUUACUAAGGAUAAGGUUGUGUUUAUUUACCCCAAUCCCUGUCUUCUCUUCCUCUGAUUUUGCAGACAGAUGGUUUGCUCAACACUUAAAGAUCUGGGAUGUUAACUGAACGGUUGCUGGUUUGAACCCUACAAGGACUGACAAGACUAUGCAAUUCCUAGGCACUUAACCUCAGCUCCGGAAAGGUUUCUGCUCUAAAAAGCAGCUGUUUCUUGGGAGAGGGUCACAGGAUAUUUUCCACAUCUCUUGCUCCUACAGAUUUACUGUUUUCUGAAAACAAGACAGACAGUAGUUUCAGCGGACCUUCAGAAUCUCAGCACGUUCCUGAGAAACCCAGGGCACUUAUAGAACACCAUGCCACUAACAACCCCGCAGGAGAUGUCAAAAGUCUGGGAAAGUCGCUUCAGACAAGUCUCAACAUCCAGUGGGAGAAGCAGCACUCAGCCCCCCAUAAAUCAGAAACUGAAGCUCCAUCAGUGGACAUGACAUAAGGAACUGGAAGGGGAGAAAACGGGUGAAUGGAGGUUUCUGGGAUACUAGGGUACUUCAGGAGUGUUGUAACGGGAUCUCUGGAUUCAUGGAUGUCGAGCAGCAGUAUCCCUGGCACCCGGUCAUGGGCUAAGAAGGGAGCUUGUUAGCCAAGGAAUCCCAUAUAAAGAGCAGGCACUCCACCACGGAAGGAGGGACAGCCUUUGUCCCAAGCCUGACUCGCUUAGAGCACUUUUCACAGAGGCAUAGCCCACUUACCAUGGGGGGCCAAUUUAGCAAGCACUUUUUAUUCAGAACAUCUGUUGAGAGUCAAGAAGCCAAAGCCCAUCCAGAGGGAAGUGGGUUCAGCUCUAGCCUAGGGAGCCUUCUAGGAAGAGUGUGUUCGAUGCUGGUGGAUGCAGGACGUGUGCUCACAAACUCUUUGAAAGAACAAACUGGUGAUAGAGGAAGUGCUCGGUACAAUCAAAUGUGCUCAAUGGUAAAGCAUCUUCCCUUUGUAAACCAUAUUAAUUUUGAGUUGACUCUAAGACCACAGGCAAACCUAUCUCUGAAGACAAUCCAGUUUUGCCGCAAUCUGUCUCCUAGUGAGAUUUUGUCAGUAAGAGGACAGAGUGUAGCAUUGUCUUUCAUGCAAGAUCCAUCAAGAUCCAGUACAAGUGAAUGGAAGAGUCAUUUGAUGGCUUUAGAGCCAACACAGACAAGGGAUUCAGUGGCCACCCAGAGAAGUGAGUGGCUAAAGGUAUGCUGCCACUCACUCACUGUAUUGCUCCUUUACACGACUGUCAGAUUUCAGAGAUCAAGUCUCAAGCUACACACUGACCCUGUUGUACCUGAUUCACAGGUGGCACAAAUAGACUCUGAACUUGUCCAGCUUGUCCUGACUGACACUCACCAGUGUCUCUUGCAGGAGAAUGUUGUUUACCACCCACCUCCAUAUUCAGUAGCUGUGGUGGCACGCGAGGCCCAGUUCAGGCUAAUAGACUUGCAUCAGCGCUCUGAUGUUCGUUGCUUGCUGGUGAGAGAUGGAUACAGCAGUAUGCAUCUGGAUGUUGUGUUGGCUCGUGUCUACCGAAAAUCUGGUGGUACUGAAAGUUACUCUCAACCUCCAGAGGUCUGCACUGCCGAUGCCCAAACUCCUAACAACUUUGAUUCUCCCCGGAAUGAAAUGUAGAAAUGAACUUUCAACAGCUCUGCUGAAGCCACCUUCCUGAUUAAUAACUUGUUGAACAUUUGAGCAAGGUCCUUCCAGCAAAAAUAAUUAAUAGUCCAGUGAGGAGAAUUUGACAGGUGCACCCAAAACUUGACAUGAGUUGGCACCGCUGGGAUUUGAGAAAUAAAGGCAUUUUAUAAUUGUUGUUUUUUGUUACUUUUCCAUGAAGUUUUAUAUGACUUGCAUUGUGAUCAGUUUUUCUGACACAGGGAAGAGAAGCCUAAUCACUGAAAGUAGUGCCAAUGAUCAAGAUCAUAAAUUCAUAAGGCUGGUUAAGAUUGCAUUGUAUGUCUGACAAUAUUAUAUGGGCGGAUCAAUAAUGAUUAUUGAUUCAGAGUUACUGUAUAAUGCAUCUAAAAAAAUUUAUAAGUUUAAGA